GCCGCUACUUUGAAACAAAAGAAAACCUAAAUUCCUCUUUCUUCACCGAACCUCUGUAUCAUCCAUUCAUCGCUUCUCCUCCAGAUCAACCAUCGGUCUUUUGAGAAGAUGGACCAUAUAUCUACGGAUUGUGUCAAGCAGUAUAAAGUGAACGUACCCGAUGAGUGUUCCAAGUUUGAGGUUACUGCAGAUAAGUUAAUACGGUUUGAGCUGAACAAAAUGCAGGCAAUAAUAUACGUUGGGUCAAGAAAAACUGCUGAUAUGUUGUAUGAGUCGCUUGAUAAGUAUUUUGAACCAUUUUCGUACGACGUAUCUAUUGUUCAUGCUGAUCUUGCGCACAAAGAUAGAGAUACUAUAGUUAAGGAUUUCAAUGAGAGGUUUACUCAGAUUCUAAUAACAACCGAUUCACUUGCGGAAGGGUUUGAUCAUUCACUGGUCAAUUUGGUUGUUAAUUAUGAUCUGCCAGUAACACGUGCUUCUGAAGAGCCUGACAUUGAUGUAUAUUUGCAGCGGCUAUGCUUCUAUAAUGGAGCUGUAUUCAAUUUGCUGUGUGGUAAUAGGGAUAACAUGAUUAUGGAAAGAAUUGAGAAGAAUUUGAACCAGGAUGUUAUCCAGGUUCCCUCUUGGACAAGCAUUGAAAAGUUUAUACUGGCGUCGAAUAGGGCUGGUUUGAAUUAAACUUCAUAUUGGUCCUUGCUUUAAGCUUACUUUUGGUGGCGGAGGGUGGUCAGUACCUGUUGCAAACUGCUGGAUCUAUUUCCGUAGGAAGUUGUAAUUAUGAAAAAUCUGUGUAACUUCAUUUCGUAUUGUUAGAUUAUCAAUGUUUCUAUAACUUCAGCCCUAUGUGACAUUCUAUAUAACAUGCAGUUAAUUACAAUGGUCCUUGUGGUUUGCAUCU